AUGAAACUUUCCACUCCCACCAAAUACCGGGUUUCUGCUAGUUUUUGCGGAGCAAAAAUGUCAGAAGAGCCCCUGUUUAUACCCAAUGAUGAGGAUCAGAUAGACCAUAUUACGGAGAUAGUCAACGGAUCGUACGAUGACUCGGCGGUGGUUCCUGUGGAUCGUAAUGAGGGCUUUGAUGCGGAGCUGUUUGGGGAAGAUGGCAAUAGCGAGAUUCCUGUAACGCGAGAAGAAAAUGACUCUGAAGACGAGGAAAUUGAUCCGACACUUGACCCAAUUGAGGUGUCUCUUUCUGUGCCUUUGAAAUACCAGCAGCGAAUAGUUGAGGAGAUGGUGGCGUCUGAUGCAUUGCUAAUACUAGGACGAGGUCUGGGGUUAGAAACCAUCACAGCAAACAUGCUACACGCUCUCAGCGCUCCAGGUGUUAAAUAUAAGAGUCUUGUUAUUGUCAUUGGUGCCGAGGAAAAAUUCAAGAGGAUAUCGGAAGAGUUGAUGGAGUUGUCGUGGAUUGAUGAUGACCCCAAGUCCAAAGGGCAACGGUUUGUCAAUCUGCACUACUUGACCACUGCUGAAAAACGAAAAGAGUGCUACCAACAGGGAGGGAUUAUGUUUGUGUCAUCCACAGUAUUUGUGGUGGAUAUGGUGAGUGAGGUUAUUGAUGCCAAUCUCAUUACUGGGUUGGUGAUCCUAGGAGCGGAGCGGAUUUCUGAGACGUCGAGGGAAUCCUUCAUUAUUCAUCUUUACCGCGAACGAAACAAAUGGGGCUUUGUGAAGGCCCUAUCCGAUCAGCCUGAACGAUUUCAGGUUGGGUUCAGGCCUCUGUAUACCAAAUUGAAAGAUUUGCGACUAUCCAAGACAAUGCUGUGGCCUCGUUUUCAUGUGGAUGUGAGACUGUCGUUGUCGGAUGCCGUCAGGCACAAGCCCGGGAAAGAGGUGUCAGCUGCAAAUACAGUAACCGAGAUCAAUGUCUCUCUGACGGAGUCCAUGAAACAAAUUCAGAUAGCGCUUAUCGCGUGUGUGAAGGCUAACCUUGAUGAGCUCAAGAGACACAAUCCUCUCGUGAUUUCUGAUUACUGGGACGUCGCAAAUGUUCUAGAUCACGAUUUUGUGUCGUCAAUACGAAGAGCAUUGGAUGCUGUUUGGCACAGAGUUACUCCUACUACUCGACAGGUUAUUCAUGAUAUUGGCGACUUGAAAGACUUGUUGAACAUGCUGCUGGUUCAGGACUCAAUUCAGUUCUACCAGCGUGUUCUCGAUCUCAUUAGGCCUCCGAGUGAAGCAUUAUGGCUUCAUCUGACUGAAGCAACUACAAUUGUCUCGUAUGCGAAAAAGAGGGUUUUAGACACUAUCAAGGACCAGACGACCAAAGCAGUUCAAAAUACAUAUUUAUUGGAGCCAUUACCCAAAUGGGAUCAGUUGAUGAUUAUUCUGGAGGACAUUUCGAUUGCCAGGAGAGCGGAUAGUAACGCCUCAGGGCCUGUUCUGAUUGUAUGCUCCAGUCCAGUGGUAAGCAGUCAGUUGCAGACUCUCAUAAGAUUGAGCCGCGAAGAGUCUGAUGGUACCAAUUCUGCCGGACGCAGAUUGAUGGCCAAACGACUCGUGGAGCAUCUGACUUGGAAAGAAUCCAGAAAGAUGGAGUCCAAGAAAUAUGCUGAAGUGAGACGUCGGCAAGCUCAAAAACAGCCUGAGCCUGAAUUAAUUACAUCCAAGACAUUUAGAAGGGGACAAGUUCCUGAUACGAAAAGAAGAAGGACCAGAGGUGCGUCUGCAGUUGCGGCGGUGGGCAGGCUGCAUGCUGCAUCAAGCAUGGGUACAGACCAAGAAAUGCUGGACGUAGAAAUAGUGGAGAAUCUGGGUAACCACUACCAAGAAGAGAAUGACAUGAGCGAUAGUGGUGAAGAUGACGAAUUAAAAAUUUUGGAAGAAUAUUCUGUCCAAAACGAUGGAACAAGGUUUGUGUAUGACUAUGUUGACCCCAAGAGCGAGGUCAUUGUGGAGACAUUUGACUCCAUCAAGGACGACCUCCUGCAGGAGCUGAUGCCUUCUUACAUUAUAUCAUACGAGCCCCAUCUGUCUUUCAUAAGACAGAUCGAGGUAUACCAGGCUAUGAACCAGGAUUCCCCAGCCAAGACAUUCUUUAUGUACUAUGGAGAUUCCAUAGAGGAGCAGAAACAUCUUGUUGACAUCAAGAAGGAAAAGGAUGCGUUCACCAAGCUGAUUCGCGAGAAAGCAAGUCUGGCAACCCAUUUCAGGACAGACGAGGAUAACGACAAGUUUUCGAUAAAUAAAUCCCAGGUGGUGAAUACCAGAAUAGCAGGAGGCUCGAAUUUCAGAACAUCGCUGGAGGACGCAAGAGUUAUUGUUGACAUGAGAGAGUUCCGGUCAUCUCUCCCAAAUCUGUUAUAUCGUAUUGGAUUGAAGAUUCUUCCCUUGCAGAUAGCUGUUGGAGAUUACGUUAUAUCGCCUAAGAUAUGUCUGGAGAGGAAAUCUAUCCUUGACUUGAUUGGAAGUCUCCAAAGCGGAAGACUGUACUCCCAAUGUGAGCAGAUGUUUCGAUACUACGAAACGCCCGUGUUGCUUAUCGAGUUCGAUGAGGGUAUGUCAUUCUCCUUCGAGCCUUUCAGUGAGUUACGAACACGUCCAGGAAGCAGUGCCAAUCCAAUACGCUCCAAGUUGUCUCAACAGGAUAUCCAGUCUAAGCUUACGAUUCUUCUUGUUGCAUUCCCCAAGCUCAAGAUAAUCUGGUCUUCCUCGCCAUAUCAGACUGCACAGACUAUUUUAGAGCUGAAAGCCUCAUUGGAAGAACCAGACAUGGAGCGGGCCUUGGCUGCUGGACAGGACCAAGUUGCUGAGACGGAUGGCCCUCCGCAAUAUAACGAGUCCGCGAUAGACUUUUUGCAGACAAUUCCAGGGAUCAAUCCUAUUAAUUACAACUUGAUCAUAAAGAAGGUGAAGAACCUAAGGGAGUUUGCUGAGAUGUCAGAGGAAGCUCUAACCCAGAUAAUUGGUGCUGAGGCUGCUCAUAAGGCCUAUUCGUUUCUACGGGAGGAGUUAUUUUGA